UUUGAACAGAAGAAAAUAAUGUUCGAAAAAAUGCUAUCUCUUGUUUGCUGUUGCUUUCCAAUACUAACAUCAUCUACAGCAUCAUUAUCAACAUCCUCUAUCAAACAUAAACGCCAUACAGAGUAUAAACAAAAAAAGCUUUUGUGAUAUCUUGUCGUAAGUCAAGAAUGGGUAAAAUAAAAAAAAAACAAAAGAAUUAAAAAAAAAUCCACCAACAUUGAAAUUAUGUUGACUGCACGAAGAUAAAUAUAUAUAUAUAUGAAAGUCUUAUAAAUGCUCUUUAACAUAUUUUUUAUUGUUUUCUGGUCUUGUGAAAAAAAAACAUCUUUAUGCAUGAUAAUAAGCAUGGCUUCUUGUCUGCUAGACAUUAUUUUUCUAAGAAACUAAAAAGAACAAAUACCAUAUUGAAUAAUUUUUUUCCAGCUUCAUCUAUUCCAUGUGAGCUUUCUUCAAAAAUAAUUCCAUGUACACCGACAACAGCUGAUUCAGUACAACAUCCAUUUUGUGAUGAUUCAACAAGUACAUUAAUUGGUGAUUCAUCAACAUUAAUAACUGAUAUAUCAUCUCAUGAAAUAUUAAAUAAUUCAUCAUGUAUUUCAGCUAUUCGAGAAUUAAUUGAAACUGAACAACGCUAUGUUAAUGAUCUACGCGUUGUUGCUAAUGAAUUUAUUAAACCAUUAAGUAAUGGUCGAAUUUUAAAUAAUUAUGAAAUUGAACAAUUAUUUAGUAAUUGGUUUAGUUUAAUUGCAUGUAAUACUGUUUUUCUAUCGACAUUACAAGAACAGGUACAAUAUAAAGAACAUAUAGUCACAUCAAAUACUGAUAUAUCUAUUCGAACACCUCGUUCAGUAUUUAUGUCAAAUAUUGCAAUGAUUGCACAAGUACCAAUUAACUAUGUUGAUGAUAAACGCCCUCAGUCAUUGAUUCCUCAAAUAUGUGAUUCACCUCCUGUUCGU